AUGGCUCUGGUACGGGACCCAUAUUUCUGGAAGCGCUUCUCCACAGCGGUCCACCGAGAAGAGGAGGCAAAGAGCGAUCUCGGAUCCGCUACACCUGUCAAAGAACCAGACUCAUGGCUUGAACGUGAACGCCGCAAGCGCAAGCGCUCGCUAAUCUGGGGAUUCGUCAUUUUCUUCGCCGUUGUCCUCCUGGUAACCGGCGGCGUUGUCGUCUGGUGGUUGGCCAAGCAUAACUGGUUGCAAAAGGUCGAACCUUAA